AUUGGUAAUUUCUGACUGUAAAUGUACUGUGUGUUGGUAGAGACCGUAGAGACGGUAGAGACCAGUAGAGACGGGCUGUCAAUUGUCGUCUGCUAGAAAAUGGCGGAAGGAGACACUCAGUUGAAAAUGGGUACAGAUCCAUUUGACUUCCCUCCUGAGCUGUGCAGCAAACCUCUUGCUCUGAUUGGUCUAACAGGCCUUGAUACAUUAAACAAUGCUGUUCAUAGGUCAAUUUGGGAUGCCUUCAGCAACAACAGGAGACAGUACAGGGCACCAGUUCAAUUUAAACUCCUUGAUGCAGCCCAUGAAUUUCCACCCAUGAAACCAAAGAGAACUUCCUAUGACUGGUACAUUCCAAAAGGCAUUCUGAAGCGAAAUUGGAUGAAUAAGCAUUUAAAUGAAAUGCCAGCAGUUGUUGUAAUAUUUUAUGAAUUGGAUUGGGAUGACCCUCUCUGGAAUGAGAAGAGCAUUGAAUGUGCAUCCCGAGUGCUGUCAGUGCGGGCAGCGUUGGAUGGACGUAGCAGUCGUAUUGCAGUGAUUCUUGUCCAGCAGACUGCUCCGCUGCCUACAGGAGAAGACAUGCUGGCAGACGAAAGGGCGGCAGUGCUGUGCACCUGCUGUGAACUCAAUGCCAAGGCCUUGUUUGUUCUUCCACAUGGAGAUCACUUGCUAGGUUAUACACACAGGUUGGAGAACGCAUUUUAUGAUUUGGCUCAAAAUUACUACCAUCAUGAGGCUCGAAACAUAAAGUCUCAUCGAGACCAUCUUAAUAAGACGACACAUCAGUAUCUAUUUGUACGCCAUUUGUUCAAAAUUGGGUUCCUGAACGAGCUGAAACAAGACGUACACACUGCACUCAAAAAUUACUCUCAGGCAUAUAGCAAUUUAUUAGAAUUGCGUAUGGUGGACACUAAUGCCCUGGAAAUUAAAACAGUGGCUGGAUUUAUCAACUAUAAGCUCUGCAAACUGAUGUUUCAUUUAAGUCUUCCUCGUGAUGCCAUUGCUCAGUUCCGUAAACAUACCGAACACUUCAAAAACCGGAUAGGGCAGAAAGAUCUGGCAUUCGAACAUCAUGCAUGGAUGUCAAAGCAGUUUUGUGUGUUUGGUGAUAUUUUUGAUGAGGCAAUCCGACAAGGUUUACCUGCACUGCAAACACAGCACCCAGGAUUCUACUAUCAGCAAGCAGCACAGCAUGCUGCAGACAGAAAGGAGGCUUGUUUAGAGCUUUGUAAGGCUGUGGACGUUUAUCCAGAACCUGACCCAUUGGCUGGCAUGGAGCAGCUGGAGUUUUUUGGCCAGAGGGCUUGGCGUCCAGGAAAGUUAAGUGCCGAACCUCCUGACCCUGAUAAAGAAAAGCUUGGAAUUCAGGCUCUGCAGUACCAAGAGAAGCAGCGAGUGCACCAUUCAAUGGUUAUUAUAGGCUUACUUGGAAGUGCCAUUACACAAUUUAAGACAUAUCGUUGCCCGCGCAUGAGAAGACAUCUUGUGGUUCAGAUGGCUGAAGAGUAUUACAAUUCACAGGAUUAUGGCAAGGCAUUGACGUUGUUGACACACAUGUUGUGGGACUACCGCUGUGAAAAGUGGUGGCAAUUGCUUACCAACAUACUGACUCUGGCACUCAAAUGUGCAUACCUGUCUGCCAACAUUCAGGAUUAUGUAGUGCUUUCAUUGGAAGCCCUUGGGACUUCAUCACUGCUCUUACCGGUAGAAAAGACACGAAUAUUCAACAAUGUGAUGAAAGUUCUGAAGAAAACAGCACCAGAGCCAGAACCAGAUGUCCCUGAAGAAGAGCUUGAGCAUGCAAGAGAUCUGUGGACCACAGCUGUUCAUACUGAGCCCCUCGCAGUAGCUGUGGAUAUGAGCAAUAUCACGGCCUGUGUGGAGAGUAAAGCCAGGUUCACACAGCCUCAGUACAAGGCAGAUCAGUAUGUGGAGAUUGAAGUGUUCAUCAGGAGCUGCUGCCCCCACCCACUGCAGUUCAGUCGACUCUCGGUGACAGUGAACAACCCCAGCUACAGUUCUGAGUUUGCUGUGUGUGAAAGCAGUUCCCAGGAUGUCCAUGCGUCAGGCAAUCCCCUUCUGUUGUUCCACUGUCAUGAAGUUCGCCGCUAUGUGUGCCAGUUCCUGCCAGAUGUCCAGGAUGUUGGCAAGGAGAUCCAGAUCGGUUCCAUUCUGCUGCAUCUGGGGUCAGCACAGGAACGGAGUGCCAUACUGCGGUUCAGCGGCACUGGGGCAGAGACAGCACCAAGUGAUGGAAUGUGUCCUGAGCUACAGCAUUUCAGGCAAUCACCUCAACACAUGCCAGACUUUGAUAAUGUGCGGCCACUUGCAACUGCUGAGAUUGUUUCACGAGACUCAAAACUUGAGGUGAAAGUCUCUCAUGAUAUGCCCGCUCUUCUUGCAGAAUGGUACCCCAUCAGGGUCAUCUUGAAGAACAAAGAAAACUAUAAAAUUACAGUGAUAUCUGCAAAUGUUAAUCUCCAGACAAGUGGAGAUGAUCCCAAUAUUGAGCAAUCCACACAACUGUGUGAGGAUGUCGCUACAGAAUUAGUGCCACUUCCGUUGCUACUUUCUUUCGGUGACCUAGAGAAAGGCUCAAGCAUGGAGAAAUGUUUCUACUUGCGUGCCCAUCGAGUUGGAAAUCGCAACAUCAUUGUCAAGGUAACUUAUAACAUGGCCAUAAACAGAGAUUCUCAGAGAGUGGAGAGUUCAUGUGUAAAGGAAGAAUUAAUCAGUGUGCCUGUUGUGAAACCCUUUGACAUCACGGCAAAGUUUUUCUCACUCAAGUUUGAACCUAUUGCAAAGACAUUUGCAAAGGAACCAUUCAUUGUUAUGCCACAUGUGAACUGCGCUUCACCUUCUCCACUGAUAAUUGAAGACAGUACCGUUGAUCUGUCACAGCAGGUGCUCUCUGUGGAUGCCAAGCUCCAGUCACAGCUUCAGUCUCUGCACCUCAAGAAUGGGGAAACUGCAGCUGAGGCUUUCUGUGUCACUGUCAGUGAACCCAGCGACCAGCCUGUAGCCCUUGGAGUCUACACUCUCAAAUGGAAGAGGGAAGGAAGCAAGGGACUUGUGACUAGCAGCAGUGUCACGAUGCCAACAAUACAUGUAGAAAGUGCACCACUGUAUGUACAAAUGAACCUUCCGGCACAUGGCUGGGUACGCACACCGAUGGCUGUAUCGUACCACAUUCACAAUUAUACUUCUCGGCUGCUUGAGUUGGAGCUUAGCAUGGAGGCAAGCGAUGAAUUCAUGUUUGCAGGGCAUAAGCAGUUACAGCUACGCAUAUUACCAGAAUCAGUCCACAAGAUGUGCUACAACCUGUAUCCUCUGCAGUCUGGACUAGUAGCCCUGCCACGCUUGAGACUUACCAUUUCUGACCAAGGCAAUAUUCCGAUCAGGCAGGCUGAGAUCACUGAGCUCCUGGACCGAUCAUUACCUUCACAUGUAUUUGUUAUGCCUCAAGGCAAAGGAAGUCCAGCUGCCAUCAAGGUUGCCUCAUGAAGAGAACAGGUACGUGUUACAUGUGGAAGAUGGUCCCUCUCUUUAUCUCAUUCCCUGUCAUUGCAAUCUAAGUUUGGAACUCUUUGGAGUGUUUGUCAGCUAUUGUUAUUAACACCCUUCUUGUGAGAUAUGAAGUUACCAUAGUGAUGAUAAUGAUGAGAUCUGAUGUUAUGUAGUCUG